CCAAGAGCUUCAACGCAUCUUUGGAAGAAGCUUUGGACUCUGGACCUUGGAGACACGCGAUACUGCACCCGGUCCUCAGUUCGACUCGCCGCUUUCAUCUCUCGUUCCUUUGCUUACCUAUGGCAUACCUAUCAACAGACUCUAAUCCCCAGCACCCUUCAGCCCGAUUCCAUAGCCGCUCCCUUCCCGGCGCAGAUACAUAUGUAUGCAGUCCACGAGCUGGAUUUCCAACAACCCUGAGGCGCCGGACGAGUCUCCCACCGAAACCGCCUGUCCCCCAGAAGCCGAUCGCGCGCACCUCCAGACGAUGAACCCAUGGCUGUCGAGACCCGCCGACGAGGCACCCGAAUCUGCCUCCGACCAGCCCGAUACCGAGAUGACAGACGCAGGCGAGGUUGCCGACGUCGGGCCUGAGCAUGAGCAAGUUAGCGACGUCACGUUUCCCCCACCUCCUCCGCCACCCGUCUCAUCGCGACGCCCACAACUCCAGGGAGAUCAAGCAACCCCUCCCGUGGCCCCUGCCCCUCCAGCUCCCAUGCCGCCACCGCCGCCUUCCAACCCUCAACAACCUACCGAUUCUCUAUCCUUAGUGCAACUACGGAGAAUCGUGGCAGAAUUCAAUAAGGUCGAGCCCAUUGCUUACGACUUCGUCUACGAGGACCUAGGCCCUCUCGAAGAAGAGAUCGACGAGUGGUUCGUCUACCAACACGCCCAAUGGGCCUGUCUGAAUGCUGCCCAAGCUGCCUUCCAGUCGCAGUGGGAAUUACACCAAGAUCAGACUUCCUGGGACGGGGCAAGUGAAUCCACAAGACAGAAUUUCGUUCGAGAAUGUCUGGAAGGAGCUCGCGGGGAAGACUCCGCCGAGCGCCUAGAGGCCUUCAAGCCGCUCAUGUACUUGGUGCUUGGCAGAUGGGCCACCACAGCCUCUCCCAUCACAGCGAAGGGUCAUGAUAACGCCAAAACCAGAUCUGCUGCCAGUCCUGGGCAGCUCAAGGCCAUCAAGUCGGCUGUUUCCCUUCUCACAUCCGCUGGCGCCGUGGAGGUCAUAUGGAAAACCAUUCAAAACUGCUUUGAGUUCCUCUGGUCAGAUGAUGUACAACGCGCCCCAAACGACGUCGUCCAGGAUGCCCAAGAGGAGCUUUAUUACUUGGCGACGAUAUUAUACAUCAUCAUCCAGGUUGCACUGGAUAGCAAAGAAGACAUGGAGUCAACUCACGCUGAGCUCCUCCGAUUGAACCCUGCAUUGGUCAACUUCCUGUCGCUUGCUCUUGUCAAGGUCCGGUGGGAUGAGGAUAAACUUCUUCCCAUGAACCAGAUCUUGCUUCUGCUAUGGAAGGCGAUUCUUUUACAAUUCGGCGGCACGAAGGAGAUAGAAGAAACCAAAAACGCGUUGAGCGAAACAGGAAAUGACCUGAAACCCAAGGACAUCAUUACUGCGUCCCCCCUGGACUACCACGUAUUUCGCCAGGAACUCACCUCCAAAUACCCUUCUUACGUCCCGCCUCAGCCCGUCAUUCCUCUCGAGGCUGACAACUCGACUCUACUACCACCUCCCCCGAAUCAACCUCCACGAUCCUCCGCUGCUAACGGCAUCAUCCCUACACCCCCAAACAUGCAAAGCGGCGGCGCUUCUAUUCUUAACCAACCAGUGCACAUUGCAACGCCUGCGCCUUCGCCUCCACCGUCCCCCGGUCUCGGGGGCAAAGGCGGUAAGAAACAAAACUAUCAGACGAACCAGAAUUUUCCUUUUCUGUAUCCACCUCUCGAUGCCACGAGCAAUAGUGCCGGUGGUAAGGGCGGAGCUGGGCUCCAGGAGUCAUUAGUCGGCCGUAAGUGGGAGGGGAGCGACAUCCCCGCAUCCAUCCUUGAAGCGGGGGAGCUGUUCUCAAAGCGGGUUCGGAUGAGCCGAGCCACGAGACAGAUGUGGGAUGCGCGUGAGAAGUUCCUCAAGUCCGAGCGAGGCUGGGGAGAAGAAACGUCGGACGAUGAGGACGUCGAGAGCCUCGAUCUUUCCAAUAUAGACCUCGAAAAGGAUCUGGAUCUGGAUCUCCAUGGGUUGACCCAGGAAGAGAGAGAGUUGAUUCUAGAGGCCAGAGGUGGAAAUCAGCAUCAUGGGAAGAGGAAGGACGACAAGCCGGACAUGCACGGGCCAGACUACGGGCCGAAUCCAGCUGGCAUCAACGAAGAUGUGAAGCGACGGUUACUUGCGGUGGAAAGCUUCUACCAUGAAUUGCUCCCUCAACUCCAAUCCCUGGCCAUCGUUCUUCUGCAGCCGACUUUCUGGACAAUGUCGGUCCUAGAUCAAACAAUGAAAUCCCAGCCGCAUGCGGGAAUGGCUGGGAGAGGCCCUAAUGCAAAUAGCGGACUCGGCAUCACGAGACUGCCGCAGCUGCAAGACCCUUCGUCCGUCGGAGGCGGUCAACAGACGACCGCAACCGCAACAAUGUCAGCUGAGGAGCUUGAUGCAGCGAGGUCAAGGGAAAUAAUGACGAAAGCUUCUACAGGGACUCUGUUGCUCCUGUUGAAAUGGCUGAAGCUAUCACACGUUCUCAAGUUUGAGUAUAUGACGCAGCUCGUGCUGGACCAUAACGGGUUAAUCUUGAUUCUCAAACUGUUUGCGCACCAAGACAUUCAGCAGGUAGUCGACAGCAAGACGGACAGUCUGGAAAACAGCUUCUUCCACUUCUGCAACCUCCGGUCUGAGUCUAAGGAGGCGUCAUCACGAUCAGAGCCAAGUGACAAUGUAGUUGCUGAUGAAGACCGAGCCCGAGAGGAGGAAGAGGAGGAGAGCGAGGAUGAAGCAGCUCCGCCCCCAAUCAAGAGGAAAAGAUCGCCGCCUGGGCCAGCUGUGCUCGAUGUGCAUGAUGUCGAACCCAAGCCGCUGGAGGAUCAAGCUCCUGCUGCUCGGCCUGAAGUCGACGAGUUAGGAUACCCAGUCAACCCGCUCCCAGCGCAGCCGAUUACGGAUUUCUCGAGGAGGAACUUCUUCUCCCUUAUCAACCAUCUGCGCAUCAUGCAGAAGAUCUGCAAGCGCAAGGCCUACCGGAGCCUGAUGUUGGUUCAAAUUAAGUCUUCCAACAUUCUUCGCAAGUCGCUCAAGGUGCCGCAGCCCGAGCUGCGGCUCUACACCCUCAAGCUCUUCAAGAAUCAGGUCCCUUACUGCGGGCGAAAGUGGCGCCAGAGCAACAUGCGUGUCAUCACGGCCGUGUAUCUGCACGUCCGACCCGAACUGCGUGACGAGUGGCUGGCCGGCAGCGAUGUCGACGCUGAGGUCGACUCGGCGCUCCCACUGGAGCAGGCGCUUCGCAGUCUGACGCACUGGUUUAAUGUGCGCAACUAUCCGGACAAGAUGGUCAGCGACGACAACUUGUGGACGGCGUAUCGGGAAGAGCAGGGCUUCUUCACGCGAGAACUUGAAAAACUGGGGAUGAACUGGCAAGAUUUCGGUGCGGACGGUAAUGGAAUCCUUCCAGGUUAAUCACUAGGUAGCCUCGGCGAGGGCGAAGCCCCAGAGGUUUAACUUGGCAAGACGCCUGUGCCAUCCCCCCACGUUGCCGGUGACACUUCAUAUAUAGGCACUGCCCUGCCUGAAAAUAGCGUGCAGUGGCUACGAAGUGCGUAGUGGCGCUUGGAACAUUGCAAUUGAAUAUCCGAUUACAGCAGCGGUGAUCGUCACCAGGACUCUGUGCAUGGGUAUUUGGGUUUGUCGUUUAGGGGGAGUGUAACGGUUAUCACGAAGUGUGAUUUGCUAAGCGACGAAGUCAUUAUUGAAUGACGAUUAAUUAUUACAAAGUGAUAUGAAUAUGAAGCAUAUGUAUGCGUGUUGUUAA